AUGGACGACGACCGCACGUUUCCUCAACGUGCUGCGGGUAGCAUUGUCAAGCCGAAUCCCACCACGGAGAGGACACAGCGCGCUGCUGGUCCGAAUUUCUUUCGAGAUGGAGAAAACGUGCAAUUCAUGUGGGCGGACUCUCUGGUGAAGCAUGUCUUUACCGACAACGUCCUCCGACUGGAGGUGCAGACCGUCCAUCAGGUUCAUCGAACCGCGCAGACGCACGAUUCGGUCAUGCAUCAGUUCAUUAAGGAGGAGAACUCGUUUGGCAAGCUAUGCGUCGAGAUCUUCUUUGUCACAGAGCAUAUCUUCCGUCUGCGAUUUGCAGGGCAGCAACAGACUCUGGACGCAUUGACCGAUGAUCCGGAGUACCCUCCCCCAGAGGCUCGCAUGCUCGCCCACGUUCCAGCAGUAUUUCCUGCCACGAUAGCGGAUGGCCCAGAUGGUGCAAUCGAGCUGUCAUCACCCAGUGUGCGAGUUUGUGUUCAACCUCGCCCGUUCCGUCUACUCGCCUAUCAAAACAAUACGACGGUGCCUUUCUGGAAACAGCGACUCAGUGAUCUGUUCACAAGCGAUAUCAUUCCAACAUCAAUUGCAACCCAUCAGGGCCGCGAGGCUGUUUUUGAGUCUUUUGCACUCGAUCCCCAAGAAAGAAUCUUUGGAUUAGGUGAGCGCUUUGAUGCAGUCGAGCGACGCGGCCGCCAAGUGGACUUUGUCAACCACGACGCGAUUGGGACAAGUAAUUUGCGGUCCUAUAUCAACGUGCCAUUUUUCUUCUCCACGAAUGGUUACGGCUGCUUUUUGAAUUCAAAUGCCCGCACAGAGUGGGAUAUCGGUAUGAGGGAAGCUGGAACUCUCGGCUUCUCGACAGAAGAGAAUUAUAUGGACUAUUUUAUUGUCUCUGGUCCCUCGCCCAAGGAUAUUCUGCAGCGAUACACCCGUGACUUGACUGGCAAUGCGCCCGUACCGCCCGUCUGGUCAUUUGGUCUCUGGCUGAGCCGCAAUUCCUACCAGUCAUGGGAGGUGGUCGACGAUGUUGUCAAAUGUGCUGAUAAACACGAUCUACCAUUCGAUGUCAUUCACCUCGAUACAGCGUGGUUCCAAGAAGAUUGGAAUCCAGAUCUUGAAUUUGGAGACAGAUUCCCAGAGCCAGAGAAGAAAAUGACCGAGCUUCGAGAGCAAGGGAUCCGUGUGUCCUUGUGGCAAUACAAUUUUGUGCCGCCACGCGAGGACAACCGGCUCUACGUUGAGGCUCGCGAUAAUGACUACCUGGGCCACGCCGUCAAGCUCGACGGGUCUCGUAGCAAGGACUUCUUCAACUACCCACCCGAUACCACGGGAUGGAAGACCGAUGAUCUGGUGAUCGAUUUCACGAAUCCGCGCGCCGCCGAGUGGUACGGUCAGAAAAUAGAGGCUCUUAUUCGGCAAGGCGCAUCGGCCAUUAAAACUGACUUUGGUGACUGCAUCCCUGCUAGCGCCUCGUAUCUAAACAUCGCGGGACGCCGACUCAGCAAUCUAUACAGUCUGAUCUACAAUGCUACCGUCCGUCGCCAUGUACUGAAUGUCAGUGCAGAUUCGGCCCAGUGGGCAAGGAGUGGCACAGCAGGAAGCCAGCGCUAUCCCGUCCACUGGGGUGGUGACUCCCAGUGCUCAUGGUCAGCACUUCAGGGAAGCCUUCGAGCCACGUUAUCCAUCGGCUUGAGCGGGUUUACUUUCUUCAGUCACGAUCUGGGCGGCUUCAUCGGCAAGCCGACAACGGAGCUGUACAUCCGCUGGGCCCAGUUGGCGGCAUUCAGCAGCCACGUCCGCUCUCAUGGAGCGGGCGACGACAACGGCCGAGAGCCAUGGUUCUUUGGGCCCGAGGCUGUACAGAUCGUGGGUUCAUUCAUGCGCCAGCGCUAUCAAAUGCUUCCGUACAUUGUUGAACAGGCACAGUCUAGCACCAGGGCCGGCUUGCCUAUGGUCCGGUCACUGGUGCUGGAAUAUCCCCAGGACCGUAAUGUCUGGGAUAUUGACAGCCAGUUCAUGUUCGGGUCCGAUCUGCUGGUGGCUCCGACUCUGCAGCCGCUAGCGGAGGCAAGCACGCACUCGAUCUACUUGCCAGAGGGGACUUGGUACGGAUUCUGGGACAAGCAGAAGUAUACUAGCCACGGGCAAUGGGUUGAUUUUGCUUCUGCGCCCCUGGCCCAGAACCACGUCUUUGUCAAGGACGGCGCUAUAUUAUGCUGGGCCGCACCGCGAAAGAGGACAUACAACCAAGUAGGCACUGUCCAGAGAGUCGAAUUGUACGGUUGCCGGGAUGAACCUUGGGCCUGCGGAGAUGGACAAGGUGGUCUGGUGGCGUUGACACCAGGGAUAGGCGGAUGGACUGUGGUGGAUCGUGACAAUGUCCAGGUGCAGGUAUUCCAGUAG